AUGUUGGUGGAAGAAGCAAAGAAACUCACCUUAGGACAACCAAUGACAGUGUAUACUCCGCAUUCCGUAUUGGCAGUGGUGAAUGCGAAAGGGGGGACUUGGCUGUCCCCAGGCCGAAUGGCAAAAUAUCAGGUGUCUCUCCUGGACCAGGGAGACAUUAAUCUGCAGAUUUCCAGUACCCUCAACCCAGCUACAUUAUUGCCUGUGGAACAGGACGAAGAAUUACGGCACGACUGCAUUGAGACCAUUGAGAGUGUGUAUGCUAGUAGGCCAGACCUUAAAGACACCCCCUUGCUUAACGCGGACCUCGAAUUAUAUACGGAUGGAAGCAGCUUUAUGGAAAAUGGGAUUCGAAGAUCAGGAUACACUGUGGUCACAUCAUGGGACACCGUUGAAGCGGGAGCCUUGCCUCCAAAUACGUCUGUGCAAAGAGCUGAGCUUAUUGCAUUGACCCGAGCUCUUCACCUGGCAAAGGGAAAGACGGCCACAAUCUACACAGACUCAAAGUAUGCUUUUGGAGUUUUACACGCACACGGAGCUAUAUGGAAAGAGAGAGGACUCUUGACGGCGAAUAAAAGCCCAGUGAAAUACGGGACGGAAAUUUUGAGGCUACUCGAGGCUGUGAUGGAACCCGUUGAAGUAGCUGUGGUACACUGUAAGGCCCACCAGAAGGGAGACAGUGAGGUCAUAAGAGGAAAUCGGCGGGCCGAUGCUGCAGCAAAAGGGGCGGCUAGAGAACCAGUCCAAAAGACUCCAAUACUGGUAUUGGUGCCUCAAGUGGUACUACCGGAAGGACCCCCGAAGUACACUGAAAAAGAAAAUCAACUUGCAGAGAAAUUGGGAAGCAAGGAACAACGAGAUGGAUGGUGGGUUUUGCCUGAAGGGCAGGUCUUGGUGCCGAGAUUGAUUCUCGGUAAAGUGCUCCAAGAAUAUCACCAGAGCACUCACUUGGGUACCGACGCCAUGACCCAAGGUCUCUGAAGAAUUGUAGUGGGACCCAGAAUGAGGAAGAUGGCAGAACAGAUAGUGCGAAGAUGUUCUGUCUGUUGUGCCAACAACCCUAAGAUUUCUCCCAAACCUCCACUGGGAACAGGGAGACAAGGACUGCUAGCAGGCGAAUGCUGGCAAAUAGAUUUCUCUGAAGUUCCUAGGAAAGGACACUGCAAGUACCUGGUACUUAUAGAUACUUUGACUGGAUGGACCGAGGCUUUCCCGUAUCGAACCACUCAGGCGAGGGAAGUAGUUUGAGUGAUACUAAAGGAGAUAAUUCCACGAUUCGGAAUUCCGGAAGGACUGGCCUCGGACCGAGGGCCGCGCUUUGUGUCAGAGAUAACCCAAGGAGUUUCCCGAGCUCUGGGAAUACAAUGGGACCUUCACACAGCUUGGAGGCCACAGUCUAGUGGACAGGUAGAAAGGAUGAAUCAGACACUAAAGAGGCAAUUGGCUAAACUCUGCCAGGAGACUCAGUUAAAAUGGCCCGAAGCUUUACCCCUUGCCUUACUUAGAGUGCGUAUAGCCCCUAGAGCAAAAUUGGGGGUUAGUCCCUUUGAAUUAAUGUAUGGUAAGCCAUAUCCUAAGAAUCUGGUGGUGACGCAUGGGAGCCAGAUGCAUGUUAAAGGAGAAAGUUGGGUAAAAGGUUAUUUGCACUCUUUGUCUGCUGUGUUGUCUUCUCUCCACAGGUAUGUCCAAGAGCGACUUCCACUGCCUUUAGAUACUCCAGUCCACAAGUUCCAAAUUGGAGACGAGGUUUUGGUCCAAACGUGGAAAGACGAGCCUCUUCAACCCAAGUGGAAGGGACUGUACCCCGUGAUCCUCACCACUCAUACGGCGGUGAAGGUCCAAGGGGUAAAGCCAUGGAUCCACUAUACCAGGGUAAAGGCCGCACCGGAAGUUUCUUCCGAGAGAGCAGUUGCUGAGAGUGUCGCACCGGAAGCCAACACAAACGGACAUCGUUGGAUAGCAGAGCCUGUGGAAGGACUUAGAUUCUUGUUUAAACGUCAGCCAUGUGGAAAGCAGUUCUUUACCUAAGUCUAGGGUUUCUAGGUUCAGAGGGAUUGUUACAUCGAAAAUUUGAGAAAAACUAAAAUGUGUGGAUUUACCUGGCAAAAGAGGUGGUGAACACAACUCAUUUCUGUUUGGCUGGUGGAACGUCAGUUCAAGAUGUGUUUACCUCAUGCCUCAUAGGGGUGCCCAUUCCAUUAGAAACGCUCCAAGGUCAGAUUUGGCUAAAAAACUUUUAACUUUCAGGGUUUAAUCUCUGGAAUACGGCCUAUGAGUGGGGACCCAUUACUCAGAAGAGAAACGUUAGUACUUUUUCAAUAGAUUUGAUAACCGUGACCUCACCUAGUAACACCAGUUGUGCUCAAUUUGUGAAUUGUACCAAAGUUUGUGAAAACCUAACCCGGGAGGAAAGGACUUUCAAUUGUUUGAACAAAACCAAUGUGUCUUAUGGUACUGGUAAUGUCAUACUACCCUCAGGAUGGUUCCUCCUUUGUGGGAAAACCGCUUAUUGGUACAUCCCAGCUAAUGCAACAGGGGGACCCUGUACUCUUGGCAGGUUAACUGUCUGGUUACCAAAGAUGUCUAAAACCUCUGACAGGCGCCGCCGAAGAAGUUCUAGCCAGCUAGACAAGUCCUGUGAUAGUAACAUAAACCUCCUCAGUAAGGCCGAGGCAGUGUCUUUAGCAGUCUCUAUAGUAGGUUUACCAGCACUGGCGGUAGGCAACCAUGGUCAGAUAAGCAAAGUGGCCUGUGCCUUAGCGAAGAGCCUGAACACGACCUCACAGGCCUUAGCUGCCCUCAGCACCGAGAUGAAAGAACUGCAGGGGGCUACGCUUCAGAAUAGGGCUGCCAUAGACUACCUGUUACUGAGACAUAACCAUGGGUAUGAAGAGUUCGAUGGGAUGUGUUAUUUCAAUUUGACAGAUAAUUCCGAGCUAAUAGAGUCAAAGGUACAGAAGUUGCAGGAUAUUCUGUCACAUAUUAAGCAAGAUGAUGGAUUUGAUUUUUCAUGGCUUACUUCUUGGCUUCCUAAUUUUUCAUGGCUAAAGCAGAUGUUCCUUUUAAUUGUAGCAGGUAUAUGUAUUUUCCUAAUGAUUUGUUGUGGAGUACAAUGUGUACCUAUGUGCUGUGACUCACUCAAAAAGUUGAUACCUACCCCUGUCAACCGAAUGAUGUUCAUGAAACCUUCAGUCAUGGAUCCAAUCCAGAAGAAUCGAGAAGACACAAAACGGUUUUUGAGGCUAAAAGGAAUGGUUGAGGACUAUGGUCCCAUUUCAUAGGGUCAUAGCCUCGAAGGGGGGAUUUGAUGUAAUCUUUUUUAUGGUAUAUCUAGCUUUUGCAAAUUAUAUCUAACUGAAUACUUAAGGCAGCUUGCUGGUGCUGGGAGGGGUGUGGUAUAUGUAUGUUAAGAAAUGCUUGCCCGCUGGGAAAGAAAUGCCACGUAGGCAAGCCUAGACAAGUACGGACAUGUUGUGUGGCUAAGGUAAUAUGCGCAAUGGCUAAGAAAAGGCAGCCAAUAGUAACGGUACAGUGUGUUAAGUGGGAGAAAGCUAUAUAAGGCUGAAGCAAGCCAAAUGGGGUGGUGCUUGGUUUGCGAACGAUCGCCACGCACCUCUCUCUGCACAGGCUUGAAACAAUAAAGAUUAAGUUGGAUCCUCCA